AUGGAGCGAAGUGUUGAUGUUAAACAGAGCAUUAAGGAUCAGAUGCUCGUGAAGAAAUACUGCAUAAGUGGAGAGGAGAAAAGUGAAGAUCUGCAGUCACACCCGCUCGCUAAACAUGAUGACAUGGUUAGAAAAGUUCAUGCCCUACAGGAAAGCCAGUUCUUCCGGAAACUGUGGAAGCUGAAAGCAGAACUUGCCAAGAAUGUUUUUCCAGACAAAGCCCUUCUUUCCCUGGAUGAAGUGCAGGAAAACAUUUACAUGCCAGCCAUGGUCGAUUUUCGAGACACCUAUCUGGCCCUUAAAGAUUUUUCCAUUAGCCACGGUAACAUUGAGAGACAGUUUGGAAAUCUGCUAACAGAUGAAAAGGUGCUCAGAGAGGAAUUUAAAAUCAUGGAGAAGAGCGAGGGAGGACCCAGCAGCCAGUCUGAGUGGGCUGAGGUCGCAAUGGUGAAGAUUAACAACUACUUGGAACUCUCCUCGGUGGUGAAGACAGCCAAAAUGAUAGAUGAGCUACGAAGGAUACUGGGACUCAAUGGAGAUUUCCAGAUACUUGAGGACCUGACCAAAUACGAAGACAAGGACUUCAAGGACAAGACUCUUGAUUAUAUGACCGAUGAUAUUGUAAAAGUUAAAGACACUCUGGCUAACAUCCCUGAGGAUGUGCUUGACUUCUUGAAGGAACUUCUUGAGUGUGCAAAGAAAGACUUUACCUCUUGGAUCAAAACCAUUAUAAAAGAAAAAACAGAACUACCUACAUUUGUGGAGCUGGCAUCCAUUUCUGCAGGAGAAAAUGAUAUGGACAUAGACAAAGUGAAGUUCUUCCGAGACGCUGUCUCUGCCUCUGUUCCCAUCUUAUUCGACUUGACUCCCGAAUCAGGGUUUGAAGCUUUUUCCUCAGCUCUAAGUCCCAUCAGAGACGCUGUAGAAAAUGACAAUAAACUUCUAAAGAAGCUACCUUCUCUCGAUAACUGCAUUUCACUGCAACUGCCAGGGGAUGUCGCGGAAAAGGCUGCUCAAGGAGAUCAGACAGACAAGAUGGACUCUAGAGCGUACAGCCUGGCUCAGCUCACUGAGCUGCAGAACAAGCUCAUGCUGAUAGCCACAAAGGCUGAGCAGGGUAGAGAAGAGGUGAACAGAUUCCUGGAGCAUGAUGUUAAAGCAGCGGAUAUCAGAGAAGCGUUAAAGAGAGCACUUGAAACUCCCAAAGAAUGUGUUGAUAUAUCAGAGAAAGAUGAUCAGUCCGUGUCCUGGAGUGACUACAUCGUUAAAUUUCCUCAGCUCAUCCAAGGUCUGGUUGAGUCUGGAUAUGAGGAAUCAGUGGGUAAGGCAGCUCUGCAGAAUUAUCUGCCAAACUCAGCCAUCACAGAGCAAAUGCUCAUGAAAUUUGCCUUCGACUACGCUGAUGAUGAGGAAAAAAUUGAAGAGCAGAGCAAAUUAUACGAUGAGCAGAGGGAAGCCUUUCUGCAGAAGUCUAUGAAGUUUAAAAACAAGAUCAGAGAUGUGGAUUCAUCCACCUUCCAAAGCCUUGCAAAAGAUGAAGUGGCCACUUCCUUUGAGAGUUUGCCAUCUAUCCAAGACAAGGUGAAUUUGCUCUGGAACGCUUACUGCAGCAAGCUCACUGGCCUGGUGUCAGACAAGUACAUCAGCCUGGAUGUUUUUGGUGAAAUGCUGAAAUACCUGACGUCUCCUGAAACCGCUGUCAUUGAGAGGAAUUUACCAGUGGGUUUGGAAGCAGGAAAGCCUUGCCUUGUCACAUGUAAAGAAGAGCAGAUGUUACCCUCCAUGCUGUCAGUCUAUACGCACUCCGAGGGGGCACCUCUUCCAACGUAUGAUGAGGUGUUGGUCUGUACCCCUGAGACAGAGGAAGAAGACAUUGAGCUGAUUGUGAGGAGAGCUCUUUCUCCAGACCCCAGACACAAAAAGAUCUAUUGCUUGCUUGGUGCAGAAAAAUUAGUUUACAAAGUCUCCAAGAACCUGGAGUCCCUCUUCUUCCACUUCGCACAAUCUUGCAGCAAUGCCGAUUACAGGUUUCUUAUCUUUGGUGAUGCCAAGGCUCACAACUCUUAUGUUAUGACAGCCUUCGACACAUACAAAGUCUCCUUUUCCUGUGAUAUGGGAGUAGACAUUCAGAAAUACCUGAAGACACACCUGAGAGUGCCCAGUGGGGUGGCACCUGUUGCUCAAAUCUUUGAAGAGCCCUUUCAACAGAACGUGAAGUUUGUAUUUUCAGAGCGAGCUGGCAUGGGGAAGUCUUUGUUUGUAGCAAAUACCAUCAGAAAAGCCAAAACCCAACCAGAGAAUGCCGGGCUGAGCCACAAAACCAUUAGGCUGAUGGAGUCGGAAAUAGAUUUUGGAUUUCUCCUGGAGGAGCUUCGCUCACUGGAACAGAAACCAACUGAGGCUGGGCCCCGGAUCUUCCAUAUUGACAUAUCCCCUGUGAUGACCAGUGAAAUGGAGCAAGCAUUUCUAGAUCUCCUUCCAGCUGUGAAAUGCAUGUCACCAACAGAAGUACUAGAGAUGCUUAAAAAUAACAGUUCUGGAGUUGCUGCUGAAGUGGAACAACAGCUACUGGACAGUGACACGUUCAGGGGUGAUGCCUUCCAAAGGUCAUACCAGUACAUCAGCAGAUACCAGCGAAAGGCCAAUCUCGACAGCUUCUGUUUCACCCCUGGGGAGAUUGAAGGGACCCAGGAAGAGUGUCUGAGUCUCUUGUUGGAGUCCUGCGGGAGAAAGAAUCCUUCCUGGACUGAGCUCAGCAACUUCACACGCUUCCUAAACCUCCAGCUGAAGAAGUGUGAAAACUCAGUGUUCUGCAGCAGCAAUUUAGUGGAAGAGGGAUUUCAGGGGUUCAAGGCGUUUGUGAUAAAAUUUAUGAUCACCAUGUCCAAGGACUUUGCUUUGCCAUCCCUAGCCAUGGCAGAUGAAAGCUCACCCAGCGAAGAGGAGAAAAUGGACGAGGAUAGUGUAUUGAGAGGGUACCAGUUAAGACGUAAGUGGGAGCAAGAGUCGCACCCCUACAUAAUUUUCCAUGCUGACGACCACUCCAUGGAGUUCUUGGGUUUCCAUAUCAAUCGGAGUUUUGAUGCUGUUGAUGCACAUUCACAGGCUGUUUUAGAGGAGAAGGUUAUUGAUCGACGUUUAUAUCGCACCCUUGAGGCUCAGAAAGUCCCUUUUAAUAAAAAGUUUGAAGAUCUGUCCAGGCAAGAACAGCUAGAAACUCUCUGUAGCGUAUUCGGAGUGAGAAGCUCCCAAGACCCAGAUGAAUCCUACCAACUGACCCUGGACAAUACCAUGAAAAUGCUGGCCAUUCAUCUGAGGUUCCAGUGUGGGAUCCCCGUGAUCGUCAUGGGCGAAACAGGCUGUGGGAAGACCAAGUUGGUGCAGUUUAUGUGCAGCUUGCAAAGAGCAGGAAGGGAUGUUCAGAAUAUGAUGCUGGUGCGUGUUCAUGGAGGCACCAGCUCCAGAAUCAUCCACCAGAAAGUCAAGGAAGCCAUCGAGCUGGCACGCGUCAAUGAAAAGAGGCACAACAUGGACACGGUGCUGUUCUUUGAUGAAGCCAACACCACCGAAGCCGUGUUUGCAAUUAAAGAGGUCCUGUGUGACCAGAGUGUGAAUGGAGAGCCAAUCUCCACCACGCGCUUAAAAGUGGUGGCUGCUUGCAACCCUUACAAAAGGCACACCAAGGAAACCAUUGAGAAGCUAGAGAAAGCCGGCUUAGGGUACAGAGUUCGGAGUGAAGACACUCUAGAAAAGCUGGGCUUCAUCCCUUUGAGGCAGCUGGUGUAUCGGGUGCAGCCUCUUCCACCGAGCAUGUUGCCUCUCGUCUGGGACUUUGGGGAACUAAAUGAAAAGACUCAGAGUCUGUACAUCAGACAAAUUGUUAAAUCCAUCGUGGAAGACAAGCUUCCCAAAGAGAACAUGGAUGUUUUUACCUCUGUCAUUUCCACCUCCCAGAAGUUUUUAAGAGAAAAGAAAGAGGAAUGCAGAAUCGCCAGUCUCCGGGACAUAGAACGCUGCAUGGGGGUGCUGCUGUGGUUUUAUAACUUAGGAGACCUGCUUUUUCCUCUUAUCGACGAAAAGAAGAGUGAGGUUCAACAGUCAAAGGACUAUGACCCAUCCAUUCAUGCCCUUGCAAAGGGGUGUGAGAAAGAUCAGAUAUCUGCAUUAAAUGAAGCACAAAGAUCUCUGCUUCUUGCAGUUGGAGUUUGCUAUUAUGUAUCUCUCGAGAGUCGCCAAGAUUAUCUGAAAGAGAUAGCGAAAUGCUUCUUUGUGCCCGAAUCCCUGCUUCAGCUAGAGAUUGUACUUUGCCAAGAGGUGUUCCUGGAUAACCUCUCUGUACCCAAGACAACAGCACGGAACGAUGCCCUAAGGGAAAACAUCUUCAUGAUGGUCAUAUGCAUGGACCUGAGGGUGCCGCUGUUCCUUGUAGGGAAGCCAGGUAGCUCCAAAUCCUUGUCUAAGACCAUAGCUGCUGACGCAAUGCAGGGCAGAAUGUCUAAAACAAAAUUGUUCAAACUGUGCAAGCAGAUCCAGCUGGUGUCAUUCCAGUGCAGCCCUCAUUCCAAGCCUGAAGGAAUCAUUUCCACUUUCAAACAAUGUGCACAGUUCCAAAGGGGCCAGAAACUGGAGGUGUUUGCCUCUGUGGUUAUCCUGGAUGAGAUAGGCCUUGCAGAAGACUCACCUGAGAUGCCCCUGAAGACACUGCACCCUCUUCUUGAAGAUGGUUGCGUUGAUGAUGAAGUCCCAGAACCGUACAAAAAGGUUGGUUUUGUUGGCAUUUCGAACUGGGCCCUGGACCCUGCUAAAAUGAACCGGGGCCUCCUUGUGUUCCGGACCAACCUCAACAAAGAUGAGCUGGUGAAGACGGCCAAGGGAAUCUGUGCUGAUGAGACACAUGUUACCAAGAUUGAGCAUUUGUUCCCCUCCCUGGCUGACUUCUAUUGUGAGGUGUUAAAGAAACAGCCCAUGGAAUUUUUUGGGCUCCGUGACUUCUACAGCCUCAUCAAAAUGAUACUGUUCUAUGCCAAGGACAGAAAAAGCAUCUCUGAAGAAGAACAGCUUAUUGCAAAAGCAAUUCCGAGAAACUUUGGAGGUUUAAAGGAUCUUGAUCCUUUAGCUCUGUUCAGAAACUACUCACCCAUUUCUCUGCCUUCCAAGUUAGAAACCAGCCAUACAGUUCAUUUGUUACAGGAAAAUUUAGACAAGAAACAGACUGGGUUUGUAUCUAGAUACUUGUUGCUGUUAACAACAAACCACGCAGCUUUCCAGAUCAUACAAAUGACCAAACUCUUGGACAUAGAGAACUGUGAUAUUAUAUUUGGCUCGGGGUUCCCACGGGACCAAGAAUAUUCACAGGUGUGCCGGUCUGUUAACAGAGUGAAAAUCUGCAUGGAGACAGGCAGGCCCGUCAUUCUCUUAAACAUUCACAACCUGUACGAAAGCCUUUACGAUGCGCUGAACCAGUGCUUCGUCAGGUUAGGAGGGAACUAUUAUGUCGACCUUGGCCUUGGCACUCACAGAGUUAAAUGCCGCGUGAAGGAGGAGUUUAGGUUGAUUGUGAUUGAGGAGAAGAACGUGGUUUACACGCAGUUCCCCACCCCGCUGUUGAACAGGCUGGAGAAGCACUGCUUGGAGAUGAACACCAUUCUGCACUGGCAGCAGGAGAAGCUGAUGAAACAGCUGAAUGAAUGGGCCAAGUCGUUCGUCACCAUCCAGAACACAGACUUCUGCUGCACGAGGCCAGCAGACCUGGCUCCCCAGGAACGUGAUGUUUUCAUUGGUUUCAGUGAUGACACUUCUGCCACUGUUGUUCUGCAGUGCUCUCCGAGUGGUUGUCAGGGGAUCUGUCUGCCUGAUGAAGAGGCAGUCCUCUCAGCUUCUAAAAGCAAACUCAUCGAGUGUGCAACCCCUGAUUCCAUCCUGCGCCUCAAAUAUUCUCCGCUGGAGGAUGUGGAGCAGAUUCAGGACCUGUAUUUUGGAAAGCAGAAGCACAAUGGCCUGAUUGACAUUCUGUGGGGGGCAGUGAAUCAAGAGUCAAAUGCAGAUGGCACCAAUGGACUGUGCCUGGAGUUUGAUACAGAACAUGCCUUCCGCCAGGAACUUAGGUACUGCAUAGUGGAUGAGAGAAGAAAGCCAGGAACAACCGGUCCAUCACAUGUCGUCAUCAUAACCAAAGUCCCAAGGAUACUCGGGGGGUGCAGCUACCUGGCAUUCAGUGCUGGUGAGUGGCGCGCUGUUCACUUGGAUGACCUGCUGCCUCCCGAGACCUUUGCAGCCAAUCUGGGACAACUCUCCAAAAUGACAGUCGCUGAGAUUUUCAUGAACAGCACCGAGCAGGGAACCGACACAAGUUGUCCAGAGGAUUCCAUUGCCCCUGAAGAUGCUGAAAAAGCCAAUGACGCCACAGAGGAAAAUUUGCAGCUGAUCAACACUGAAUUCAUGAUCAAACAAAGUGUCCAGAAAGCUGUGAUACAGCUGGAGGAUAAGAAAGACAACAGCCAGCGAGCUACGAAAAGGAUACAGAUUCUCUAUGAUGCACUUUUUCAUUCUCAGAGCAAGAAUAGACGUUAUCCAAAGGACCCCACUGUGGACUCUGCUGAGAUGUUUCAAAGCUCUAUCUUGAAUAUGCCAGUGCCAGAUGGCAAUAGUCCAGAAAUGGUUCAGCGUUAUGCCAGUGAUUUUGUGAAGAUGGCUUUUCCAGGGCAAGAUGUUCAGGUUUAUGAGAUUUUGUCUAAUGUCCUCAUAACUGGUGCGAAGCAGCUCUGCGCCUCUUUGGCACAUGAUGACAUGGGGUUUUCCCUGAUUUGGCUGCACAUUGAAUAUUUCUACCUACAAGAGAAUUAUCAGCUGUUUAUCAAUUUAGUAAAGAACGAGGAGACGCUAACCAGUGAUCUGCUGAAAGUUUAUGAAGAAGACACAACUAAAAUGUUUAUAGCUCUUGAUGCCGUGAGCAUUGUCCUGAAGCAGCUGCAGCCCACAGAGAAGCAGCUUCUGCCAUUCAGCGCCUGCCUCACCUGGCUGAAAAGGAUCAAGUCCAUUAAGCACACUGUGGAGCUGAUCACAUCGGACGACUACCAGAUGAGACUGUAUGAUAACAAAGAGGAAUUAUUGAACAGUGUAUUGUAA